ACCACUAUGCAAUAUUAUUCCUCAAACUUAUAUCUUAGUUGUCAUCUCAUGGUUCACAUUAUUUACACCACCCCCUAAGGUAGCUAGCUACCUCCCUCAAUUUCAAACCAACAAAGAACUUGAUUCACUCCACAUGUCCCACAUCGAAACCCCACAAACCAGUCUUCCACUAUCACCAUCAUAACCUGCUCUCACUCUUUCUCUCUCAAAGGCUCACACAUAUAUAAACCCUAAUUUCCUCCUCACAACCCACCCCUCCAUGGACAACAAAAACAACAUCAACACAUCCCCCUCCGGCGACUCCUUCUCCUUCCGGAGCACGCCGACGCCGGAGUCGGACUUUGAGUUCGGGUCCCUCACGCCGGACUCACCCUCCGCCGAGCCUUUCGCCACCUCUCCGGCCGACCACCUCUUUCUCAAUGGCCGUCUCCAGCCCCACCUUUUCCCCCUCCCUACCAGCCGCACCAGCAGCACUAGAGACUCCCUUCUCUCUUCACUGAGCAACAGCACCAACAGCAGCUGUAGCAGCGCCAGAACCAGCUCCAGCGAUAGCGCUGAGCGAAAAUCCUUCCACAACAAGCUCAAAGGUGCUGCAUUUAUGUCAAAAACUCCCUCCCACUAUCCACCAUAUGGGUGUUCACAAAGGUGGCAGUAUAUAACUCCCAUGCCAGCGUUGAACCGUGAAGGCUCCUUGAGAAGAAGAACCGACAAAAACCAAGACAAGGGCAAAGGGACCAUGAGGAACAACAACAAGGAGAAGAAGAAUAAUAACAAAAAUAAGAAUAAGAAGAAGAAGAAGAGUAAGAAGGAGAAUAAAGGGGUGAGGUUGAGAUUUGGGAGGAGGAUUCUACGGUGGUUUGUGAUGGCUUGUAGAGAAUGCCACGCCAUGGAACCGUCCAAGCGUUGUAACAAAGACAUUUGAUGUGACAAACAUGUCGUCACAUGAUUGGUACAUAACUUUGUCUUGUAAACAUGUGAUCAAGAGUUCAAUCGUGAUAAAAGAGACAACGUGAGUUGAAAUAUGUUAACCCUUUCACUGGGUCUUACUGCUUCAAAUAUUUAAGUAUUGAUCCAGGAGAUAGUGUGGUUAGAGAAAAGAGAUGUGAUGAUAUUGGAAGGAAAAUGUGAAUAGUUAGUUCAGCAACCUUUGUUUAGUUUUUUGCUUUUUUUUUCUUUUACGUACAUUGGAGUUUGGGAGGAUAUAUAUGAAAUUGGUAAGAUUUGUGCA